UCUUCGUCCCGGUUACUCAAAAGUAAGAAUCAGCCAUGGAGGCCCUCUCUAUUCUCACUUUCUCCCUCGCAGCCUUUAUUCACUCUCCUCAGACUCUACACUUCUUCAAGAUUUGUUGUUUUACACCACAAUCCAUUGCACAACCAGCGAACAAACAGCUGCAAUAACCAAAGAGUCUCGAAAUUUUGGCCCCAAGAGCGGAGUCCCUGUUUACAAGACCUAAGUCUCCGAUGUUCUUGUCACUGACGCAGUGAUGCUGUAAAUACGAUUGGAAAACCCCAAGAUUGAUUUCCUGUAAUUAAACUAGGGCUUGAACAGAAUCGGACAAGGGACUGCCGGACUGACAUUUCUUAUCUAGAUGCCUAAAACAGAAGCAGAUAAGAUAGCGGAUUGGGCCGAAAAGAAGGAAGCCGGGAUGGCACUGGCUCUUUCUGUGUUAAGACGUUGCAGUUCAUGGGAAAUUUAGUGAGCUAUGCAUAAGCACCUUCAUUGUGGUACUUCUGGACUUUCUACUACAGAGAACUAGAGAAGUGUGGGCAGCUGCCACAGCGAGGACUAAGCUGCAUUCAAUCCAUGAUCAGGACGGCAUGCCUAGGUCAUCUCUUGUUGCUGAUGGAGGUAUUUGCAAAUCGACGGUAGAGACACAAGGCUACGAUUGCCAUGAACACAAAGUAACAACACAGGAUGGUUAUAUUCUUAGCAUGCAGAGAAUUCCUGCUGGUCGGUCAGGCAAUACAGCAGAUAAGCCACCAGUUUUACUACAACAUGGGAUUUUAAUGGACGGAGCGUCGUGGCUGGUAACUUCUCCUAAUCAAUCUUUGGCGUUCAUGUUGGCGGAUAAUGGGUUUGAUGUGUGGCUUGCCAGUACUCGUGGGACAAAAUAUAGCCGUGGACAUGUGUCACUCACUCCAGAUGAUCAGUCUUACUGGGACUGGACAUGGGAUCAAUUAGCUGCUUAUGAUCUUCCAGCUUUUGUUGGGCAUGUGCAGAAUCAGACAGGGCAAAAACUUCACUAUGUUGGGCAUUCCUUGGGAACUCUGACUGUUUUAGCUGCCCUUUCACAAAAGAAGCUGCUGAACAUGUUAAGAUCCGCCGUUCUGCUUAGCCCGAUCGCUCACACAGAACACAUUGGCUCGUUGCUUUUACGAGUAGCUGCUGAUAUAUUUCUAGCUAAUGAUUUGUACUGGCAUGGCGUCAAUGAAUUCGUUCCAGGAGGGGAUGCUGUAGAAAAUCUUCUCGAACAUUUAUGCAAGAUACCUUGGGUCAAUUGCACCAAUUUAGCUUCAGCUAUUACAGGUCCAAAUUGCUGCGUUAAGGCUUCUACAUUGGAGAUUCUUUUCAAGCAUGAACCGCAUCCAUCAUCAACCAAGAACUUCAUCCACCUUUCACAAAUGAUUAGAACGGGAACCGUAGCAAUGUACGAUUACGGUAUCCAGAACAUGAAAAAAUAUGGGCAGAUGACUCCUCCAUUGUACAAUUUGACAAACAUCCCAAAGGACUUUCCGCUUUUCUUCAGCUAUGGCGGGAUGGACUAUCUUUCCGACACAAAGGAUGUGCAAUCUUUGUUACACAUUCUCCGAAGCCAUAAAGCUGACAAGCGGGUGUUACAAUUCAUAAAAGAGUAUGCUCACUUAGAUUUCAUCAUAGAUUUGAGGAGCCCGCGUACUGCAAUACUAUUCCUUCAGAAACCCAUAAAGUUUCAUGCUUAACAACUCCUAGACAAGACUCUAGAUUACUGAUUGUUAGUUGCACAGAUGAUUGAAGUUUCAUAUAGGUUAUGCAAUUGGUAUGACUUGAUACAUAAAUCAUCAGAUGGUGUACGUGAAUUCUUAUUGAGGAAAUUGCAUAUAUUCUCAUAACUGCAGUUCAAUUUGUUAUAACUAUUGGUAGGUUGAACAUGCUUUACAUGUCCAAAAACAGUGCCUGAAGGUGGGAGCAAACUCGUCGCUCCAGUUAAUGUGCUUGAAUUAGUCAUCUAUACUAUGAUAUGUGAAA